CGUCUGUCUCAUGUUGGCCAUCCCACAAAUUGCCGCUCUAUUCACUAUGGCCAAGCCUUUCCUUCUUCUUGUUCACAAUCUCAUCACCAUCGCCAGCCUCUUCAAAGCUCCACUGCCGUCGUCGGCCUUAAGUUUCAACUUUACAGCCUUCACCAGCGACGACACCAACAUCACCUACGAGCAAGCCUUCCCCGCCGAAGGCACGAUUCAGCUCACCCGAAACCUCCAGGGCUCCACCCUCAAUUCCUCCCUCGGCCGAGCAACUUACCGGGACCCAUUACCCCUGUGGGACCCACAGUCCCAAAACCUCACCGACUUCCAGACCCAUUUCACCUUCAGCAUCUUUUCUCAGUACAAAGAUGGCUACGGCGACGGUCUCGCCUUCUUCCUCGCCCCCUUCGGCUCCAAGCUCCCUCCGUCCAGCGCCGGAGGCACUCUGGGCCUCGUCGACAGCGCUCACGCGCUCAACACAACGGUCAACCGCUUCGUGGCGGUGGAAUUCGAUAUCUUCAGCAACGAUUUCGACCCGCUCCCGCUGGGUAGGCACGUGGGGAUCGACAUCAAUUCGCUGAGAUCUGUGAGGACCAUACCUUGGGGAGCCGAUGUAAUGGGUGGGAGGAGGAGCGAGGCUUGGAUUUCUUACGAUUCCGCCGCUCGAAACUUGAGCGUUGCUGUGUCUGCGUACGUUAGGGAUGUAAGGAUUGUGCAGAGGCUGAGCCACAUAAUCGAUUUGAGGAAUUACCUUCCCGAGGAGGUCACUUUUGGGUUCUCCGGUUCAACCGGAGACCAAGUGGCCAUUCACAGGAUUCACUCCUGGGAGUUCACUUCCUCCUUGGAAAUAGUCUCCUCGUCUAACAACGGGACUGGCGGCGGUGGCCUCAACAUCAACAGGGGAAGGGGGAAAAACAGAGUCGCCCUGUUGGCUGGUUUGGGUGCUGGGUUUCUGUUGUUGAUUUUUUGUUUCGGUGGAAUUUUUUUCAGAAAAAGGAUUGUGGGCUUGAUUGAAGGCGAUGGGCGCGAUGAUGGGUUUGUGAUGGACGGAGUGUUGGAAAAAGGAGCCGCCGGGCCGAGGAUGUUCACCUUCAGGGAAUUGAAAAAGGCUACAAACAAUUUCAGUGAAGGGGAUAACAACAAGCUUGGCGAAGGAGGGUUUGGUGGAGUUUACAAGGGAUUUCUCAAAGACAAAGAUGGCGAGGAUGAAUGCGUUGUUGCAGUGAAGAGGGUGUCCAGAAAAUCAAGACAAGGGAUGAAGGAGUUUGUGGCUGAAGUGAAGAUCAUCAGCCGACUGAGGCACAGAAAUCUGGUUCAACUAAUUGGAUGGUGUUAUGAGAAAAAGGAGCUACUCCUUGUUUACGAGUUUCUUCCUAAUGGCGGCCUGGAUGCCCAUCUUUUUAACGCGAACAAGGAUGACAGCUUGUUGCUGACAUGGGAAACGAGAUACAGAAUCGCCAAAGGCUUGGCCUCUGGAUUGCUCUACUUGCACGAGGAGUGGGAGCAAUGUGUGGUUCACAGGGACAUUAAGUCGAGUAACAUUAUGUUAGAUUCCAAUUUCAACGCCAAACUUGGGGAUUUUGGACUGGCGAGGCUGGUGGAUCACGAGAAGGGCUCCCAAACAACAAUGCUGGCCGGGACAAUGGGUUAUAUGGCUCCUGAAUGCGCGGUAACAAGCAAGGCAAGCAGAGAGUCGGACAUCUACAGCUUUGGGGUUGUGCUUCUGGAAAUUGCUACCGGGAGAAGGCCUGCAGUUAUGGAAGACAAAGAGGGGGGUUUUGUGCAUUUGGUUCACUGGCUUUGGGACCUCUAUGGAGCUGGAAGGCUGCUAAUGGAGGGUUCUGAUCCAACGCUGAAUGGAGUGUUCGAUGAACAAGAAAUGGAGAGGUUAAUGAUCAUCGGGAUGUUCUGUGCUCACCCAGAUUCAAGCUCGAGACCUUCGGCUAGGCAAGCGCUUCAAGUGCUCAACUUUGAGGCUCCAUUGCCGAUUCUUCCACUGAAUAUGCCGGUCGCGACUUACGGCGACUUCCAAUGGGCGGACCAAUGUUCCACUCCUUCAUCGUUGACUAUCACAGCGGGGGACGUUGACCGGAAAAGUCAGUUUUCUAGUGACAUUACUUCAUCGUCAAAGUUCAACACAUCGGAUGGAGCUUUCCCACCUUCACCACUUGCAGGAUCGGCUGAUGGAGUCACUAUCUAAUUUAAGUUCUGAAUGAUAAUCCAGCUAGUGGGGAUCUACGAUUUGGUCGCACAAUUUGAAUUUUUCCGUUCCAGUCUUAAAUGUAAAAGGGCCAACAUAAACCAUUGAAGAAAAUUAAAUGUAAAUGGGCCCUCUGUUUCGAAAUCUGUCAUAAAGAUGGUACAAAACAACUACAUAUUUUUUUUGCUUUCGAGGGAGGCUAACAAGCCAAAGAGACAGAGAGGAAAAGGGGCGGAGAGGGGUUACAGAGUGGAGGGGUACCAGAAGCACUUAUGAUGCUUCUGGGAAAAGUUUUACCUCUGCUGUCAUCGUCUAAAAUAAUACGAAGUUCUUGGA